AUGCCACGACGCGCAAAACGAAAAGCCGUCACAGAAGGUGAUGAAGAGGACUCGAAAAGCGCGAAUCCUUCCAAAACAGCGCGCGUUGAUGGCACUACUUCUACCAAAGACGACCCAGUGACCGCUACGACGGCAAUGCCAAAUGAACAACAAAGCAAGAGCGACCCGAAGAGUCCAAAGAAGCUCAUAAUUACGGAAGAAGUCGGCGAUAUCUUCGAUGCGCCAGACAACGCAGUGAUCAUCCACGCAUGCAACUGCCUCGGUCAUUGGGGAGCCGGUAUUGCAGCAGCGUUCAGGGAGCGUUACCCAGCAGCCCUCAAAUCUCAUGAAGCACAUUGCGAUCGAUUUGUCAACAAGCGCGAUCUGUUAGGCACCGCACAGCUCAUCCCUCCGGCCGAAUCCAACACCAAGAGGCGGCGUCACUUUGUGGGCUGCCUCUUUACUAGCUGCCAAUAUGGCCGCAAGAAAGACUCCCCGGCAGCGAUCUUAAAACACACGGGCCCAGCUAUGAUCGAUCUACUCAGCCAGGUUGCUGAGACACAGAAGUCCUCCGAAAUCAGCGAAGUCAGGAUGUGUCAGAUAAACUCUGGCUUGUUCAAAGUGCCGUGGGAGAAAACGAGAGCGAUCCUAGAGGAUAUCGUCCUGGGAGACGGUAUGCCUGAGAAGAUCAGAGUGUUUUCCUUGAAGUGA